AUGGGAAAAGUGAAGACUUUAAAAGAUAAAAGAUACUUACAAGGUAAAACUGAAUUAGGAAAAGGAGCUUUUGCUAUUGUUUAUCCAGGAAAAGAUACUCAUAAAAAUAAGCUAGUUGCAAUAAAAAAAAUAGAUGCAAUAAAAAAUAAAGAUUACUUAGAUAAGAUUGAUCAAGAAUGUCAAUUGCAUUAGUCACUUUUACACAAUUGCCAUGUUUUAGAAUUUAUUGAUAAUUUUAGUGAAGAAAAUUACAUUUAUAUCAUAACUGAGUUAUGUGAAUUCGGAGAUUUAGAUAGUUUUGUAAAUAGAUUUGAAAAUAGAACUUUACCAGAAGAUGUUGCAAAACUAUUUACUAACUAGAUUUUGCUAGGAUUUAUUGCUCUUUACGAUUUAGAUAUUAUUCAUAGAGAUAUGAAGCUGCAAAACAUUUUAAUUAACAAAAAUUUUGAGUGUAAAAUAGCAGAUUUUGGAUUAGCAAAAUCAUGUUAAGAGAUAGGUCACACUUAUGCUGGAACUCCUUUGACAAUGGCUCCAGAAGUUUUAUUUGGAUUAGAAUACAAUAAAAAAUGUGAUGUUUGGUCUUUUGGUUGUAUUGUUUAUGCUAUGACUCAUGGCAGAUAUCCAUUUUUCCCAACUGGUCACAAUAAAAGAUAAGAAUUAGAAGACAUGGUCAGAGAUAGGAGACUAGAAUUUAUUAAUCCAUAAAUCUCAAAAGAAUGCAAAUAAUUUAUUGAUAAAAUGCUCAAAGUAAAUCCAGAAGAAAGAAUAGAUUUAUUUGGAUUGUUUAAUGAACCUUGGCUGUAAGAAUGUAGCUAAUAGAACUAUAGUUAAAAUAUAAUAAAUAAGUAUUUGUCAAAUUAGUUAUAUAAAGAAGUGCAAAUAGACAACGAUUUUGCAAAUGAGUUUGGUAUAGUGCUUAGAGAAUUCAUAAAUAUUACAAUCAAAUAUCAUUGCUCAAUACUCUAAAAUGUUUAUCUAAAAAUAUUGAACAAGCAAAAUCAAUCAAAAUAAGAAAAAUAAAUACUAUAUUUACUAAAUUUAAUUAUUACAAAAAUAACAGAAAUGGCAAUACUAUUUAAUUACAAUGGUUAGAAAGUUUAGCUUCCACUUACCAAAUAACAAAUACAAAUGUUUAAGGAUGUUAUAACUGAAGAAAAUUAUCAAAAAUCAAAGUUAAUAUGUGAUAAAAUCAGUAUUGAUUUAUAGCCUGUAGUUUAAACAUUAAUCACAAGUCUUCUUGAGCUUGCAUAAAUUGAAAUUGAAAGUGCUGAAAAUUUUAGCUAAUACAAAUAAGACUAUGAUCUUGUUAUUAAAUUAAUAGAUCUUUUAACUAGUAAUUCAUUUGGAAUACCGUUCUAAGUUACAAUUGAUGAAGAGAAAACUAAUCCAAAGAAAUUGUAAAGUUUAGAAAAUAUAUCAAUUAAAGAAGCUUAUGUUCGUACCCAAAAUGAAGAAAAUGACGAUUAGAAUGAAGAAGAUUAAUUAAUACUUUAGAUGAAUUAAAAUAAGAUUAUAUUUAAGAGUGAAAGCAAAAAUUCUUAUGAAUUUCAAUAGGAAUCUUUGCAAGUUAUCAAAUAGAUGAUUUAAAAUUUUUGA